AUGAACCCCGCCGUGGUGACCAUCGCCGAGAGGGAAGGCGAAGCCGGCCGAGGAGAGGACGACGACGAGUUACCGCGGCGGGUGGCCGCGGCGAUGGACUUCUACUCGGCGGUGUUCGACGCGCUGGAGGCCACGAUGCCGCCGGGCAGCGCGGAACGGUUGGCGGUGGAGCAGGAGAUCCUCGGCACGGAGAUCGACGCGGUGGUGGCUGGCCCCGGCAGCGGCGGUGGGCGGCCCCGCAGCUUCGAAGCGUGGACGGCCGCCGCGCGCGCUGCGGGGCUCUCGCCGUGGCCGGCCAGCACGUUCGCGGUGUCGCAGGCGCGGCUGUUGCUGCGGCUACACUACCCGUCGGAGGGGUAUGCGGCGGAGGAGGCCCGCGGCGCGUGCUUCCUCGGCUGGCAGACGCGGACGCUCAUGUCGGUCUCUUCGUGGCACUAG